CUGCAAUGGAUGGGGCAAAGGCCACAAAGCGACGAAAAAUAACCGACAAAACGCUGCCCAAUGUCGUUCUUCAGAACCCAGACUUUGCCCAAGAUUCACGAAUGUAUCAAGAUCUCCUGGAAAUGGAACGCAAGUUGGACUGGACAAUGACCCGUAAGAAGGUCGAAAUUCAGGACUCGCUUGCACGGAAUCCAACAACUACGCGAACAUUGCGGCUCUUUCUCAGCCAUACAGUGUCUUCGCAAAUCUGGCAAACUGGUGGUGAGCAGAUGGCGAACUUUGAAACGGGAGAGGGCAUACCAGCUUGGAGCUUCAAGGUCGAGGGUCGUCUGUUGGAGGUUGGGAACCAGCGAAGUAAAGACAAGGCACCGAUGCGAAAGUUUUCGACGUUUAUCAAGAAGAUGAUUGUAGAGUUGGACAGAGAUCCCUUGCUGUACCCAGAAGGCAAUAUUGUUGAGUGGCCUCGUGCGACCGGACUUCAGAACCCUGUUUUGGACGGGUUCACCAUUCGACGGACCGGGGAUGCAGCUCUCAAGUUACGUAUCAUCUUAUAUCCAGAUCAUUAUCCGGAGCAGUAUAAAGUCAGCCCUGAACUUGGCGAUAUUUUGGGUAUUAAGGAAGAGAGCCGUGUCGGUGUCAUCCAGACACUGUGGAACUAUAUCAAGCUUCACGGUCUACAAGAUAAGGUGGAUCGAAGGGUGGUACGGGCAGACGAAAAGCUGGCGCCGAUAUUCCGCGCAGAAAGUACCCCCUUUCAAAAAUUACCAGACGUAGUUAACCAGUAUCUGUCGACGCCAGACCCUGUGGUUCUGUUCUACACUAUCGACCCUUCAGUGCCACCUCCAGACCGACCCACUGCCUGGGAUAUAGAAGUGAAGGCGGAAGACGUCUUCCUCAAAAAUCGCAUGAGCGUCAUGUUACAGACGAACAGGGAAAGCACUCAGAACCUUGCGAAGCUAGAUGAAGAGAUAGCCCUCCAUGCACAGUCACUGCAUAAUUCCCAUUUGAAACGUACCUUUUUGGAAUCGUUCGCUAACAAUCCUGCGGAGUUUAUACAGACCUGGCUGGAAUCCCAAUCGCGUGAUCUCGAGACCAUUCUGGGCAGUGGUCCGACAGAGGGCUUGACAGUAAGGCAAGAAGAACUGCGGCGGAGCGAGUUUUUCAAGUUGCCAUGGGUAGAGGAGGCUGUUGCAGUUCAAGAGGGAUUGCGGUUGGCUGCGAAGGGGGUGCAGUGAAUUGUGUAUUCG